CCUGCCUUCCUCUGCGCAAACUGACCCUUCGGAUGUUUGCGUGUGCGUGUGCGUGUGUUGUGCACACUGUGUGUCUUUCUCACAGCCAACAUGGACGUCCAAGGAGUAUCUCACCACGAUAAUUUUACGGAUUAUAACAAUAUGGAAGCCAAACAGGGGAAAAUAUUACCCUGCCAGGACGAGCGUUUUGAUAGCGGUCUGGAUUCUCUAAAAGAGGACGAUCUGGUCAGCUACAUGGAGCAUUUGACCGUGCACGUCAGCGAGGAGCAUGUGCAUGAAUACGAGCAGUGGAGAAGCGUCGUGACAGACGACGGUGACACGCUUCUGCACUUGGCCGUCAUUCAUGAAGGCAUCGAACAAGCCCGGCAGAUGAUCAAACUGUCCCACAAUCACCCGUUUCUUAACGUACAGAACCACCAAAGACAGACAGCUCUGCACAUAGCCGUGAUCACGGAACAGCCGCAAUUGGUGGAACAGCUCCUGAAAGCAGGUUCCGACCCCCGACUCGCCGACGACAACGGCAACACUGCGCUUCACAUAGCCUGCAAGAAAGGCUCACUGGCUUGUUUCGGCGUCAUCACCCAAAACUGCCACCGCCAUCUUACAUCUAUGCUCUCUUUCUCCAACUACAACGGAUAUAACUGUCUUCACCUGGCGUCCAUUCAAGGCUACAUUUCAUUAGUGGAGAGUCUAGUUCGAUUGGGUGCCGACGUCAAUGCGCAGGAACAAUGCAGCGGAAGAACGGCGUUACAUUUGGCCGUGGAUGUCCAAAACCCGACAUUGGUUCGUCGCCUCAUCGAUUUAGGCGCAGACGUCAACUGCUUAAAUUACGGCGGUUUCACGCCGUAUCAUCUCACUUACGGGCGACAAAAUGACGACAUACGGCGACAACUGCAUGAGAAGACGGCACUGGAGCUGAGGGCAUUACCCGACAGCGAAUCAGACGACAGUGACAUGGAGGAUCUGGACCUGUCCGAGGACGAGUUGUAUGACGACAUAAAGUUCGGGAAGUAAAAUCAACCACUCGUGGUGAUGAAAGAGCUGCUAUCGGGGUCAUCAAGCCACGGCCCGAACACCUGCCAAGAAGGCCAUAACAGUGCUGGCCCACAAGAAGGAAUACAGUGUCCGGUUCCGGUCCACAACACACAAGCAAGACCAAGAACCACAGUUGUCUCUGUAAUACCGUAUAAGGAUGUGAAUCAUGUAGUAAAGUGUACAUACAGAGAUAUUAUUUUUAUACCUGUAAAUAUGUUAAACACUAUCAAACAAAAUAAUACACAUAAUAAAAAACAUUUAAAUAUGAA